UGUGAAUACAGGUUCUGGGGCUGGGGAGAUACUUUGUGUGACAGUUUAAGGAGUUAAUAAAAAAAAAAAUGUCGGCUCCUCGGCGGCCUCGCACUCUUCUCUGGGUGGGAACUAUGAGGGUGGCGGAACUCACUGUGCGCUGAUCCCCGGGAAGGGUUUCCUUGCGGUACCCGGGCGCGUGACGUUGCCUGGCAUGAGUGACGGCUGCAGUGGGCGUGGUCAGAGGUGAAAACACGUCGCUUGUUUCUCUGGUUGCUGUGGGAACCCAGAGAUGUUCAGUUUUUUCCGGAAAAACCAGGAUGCAAAGAAAACUCCAGCGCCGGACAAAGAUGCAGACGGGUUUGUUUUCCUGGGCCAGACGUCCGCUGAGCAGAGAGACGGAACCCCCCCGUAUCCUGAGACCCCCCCGUAUCCUGAGCCGGAUCUCCCCUACAACCUGCCUUACCAGAUGCCACAAGGAAACGCCUCUCCAUUAAACAGAAAUGACUCGGAAGCCCCUAAGAUGAGCCGCCAGCUGUCGGAGGGGAACCCAGCAAAGGCGGAGCUUCUCAAUGACAUUCCUUUUAUCCUGGCGCCUCAUGUCCUGGAGGUGCAGAAUAUCUGUCAGGAGCUGCCAGAGCCACUCCCAGCAUGCAGCCUGGACGAGAGCUUUUCCAGGUUCCACUACGACUUCACCCUGGAGAACUCUGUGCUGUGUGGGAUUUAAGGGUUUGCUGUGUUUCGCGUUACACGAACCUUCCUGUCUUAUUUAGGCAAUUUGUGUAUUAUUAAAACACUCGCCACCUUCAGCGGAAUUUUACAACCUACUCAACCAGUACUUCCAUGAUGGGCUGAAGCAGUGGUCCUGAGAGUGCAGCCUGUUCAUUAGGAACCAAUGACAUAGCCGAGAAUGUAGCAUACCAAUCCACUAGGCAACAGUGACAUGACAGAGGCAGCCAUGUUGUGGUCUAAAGCAAUAUGAUAAAUAUAACUUAUCAGUCCACUAGGAACAUGGACAUUUCAGAGUCACAGGAUGCAGGCAGCCGUGUUGUGGUCUGAAGCCAUAUUCAUGACACUGCAACGUACCUACUACGAACCAGUGACGUUGCUGAUUCAGGGAAUUGGUAGGCAGGUUGUUCACGAAUAGUCAUCCAUAGCCACAAAAUGGCUACCUCCUUUUGUGUGCAGAUGACAGGUACUUUUACUUGUAUGUACGUAUGUAUGUAAAUCCAAACCAUAUGGCGUUUAUCGGGUCUGAUAACUACUGGACCAGGAGUGCAAUAUCCUGGUUACCCAACAUGCAGUGGUAGUCGCAUUGUGGGAGCGUUGACCGGUGACCAUUAGCAUAAGUCUACGCAAUGCGGUAUGUCCUAAAAACCUGACUAACAAGGAGAAUACAAAAUAUAGCAUUAUGUAUACAUACACUUUUUGUACAUUUGUUGUGUGACAUUGAGUAUAAUUUACCUUUUGCAGUGUAUUACAGUUUUUUGCUGGUCUAUUGUGUUAUGUCUCUUGUGUUGCUGUCUACAAAGAACUUUUAUUACUUGCAAACCCUUUUUACAGCCGUCAGUAGCAACCAGAACAACUGCAGCCAGUGACAUCAUUUCAUAUUGCGCAGCAGACACAUAAUAAAACAAUAGAUACAUUGAAAAUUUAGCAUUUUGUUGCCCAAUUCAAUAAAAGAUAAUAGUCCUUUAA